AUGGUCGCUAAGGAAUUCGUCGACUCUGACAGAGUCAACUAUCUCGUCUGGAGGUACCUUCUCGAAGGCAAUUACCGAGAGACGGCGGCCAAAUUCCAAAAGGAGUGGCAUGUCAAACAACCUCACAGAGACUUUGCCUUUGCGCGCCACGUCAAGAGCCAUGCAUUGGUCUCGGUCCUGAACCGCGGCCUCCUGUACCACGCGCUGGAGCGCGAGCAUGCACGCAAGGUGCUGCCUCAGGAUGCACCAGCGGAAGCAGCCGAGGCGCUGCAGGUCGGCAUCUUUGGCCCUCUGGACGCCCAUCCACAGUCAAAAAUCGACGAGGAGGAAGGAGAGGAUGCUGAGGGAGAGGAGGUUGAAGAAGUAUCACGGAAACGAGCGCCUCAACAGUUACCCAAUGGUUCGCCGGCUAAGCGACAGCGACUAAGCAAUGGUUUUGAGCAUGGCGUCGAUGCAUCGGCAGCGGCAUCAGCAGCAGCAGGACCUCCGGUGACGACACCCAUGGAAGUGGACAACCAACCCGACAAUCACGCCUACCCUUCGCCGCUCGAGGGCGAGCAGGCGCCGGAGCCGAUUGUGCGUACUGACGGACCCGAGCAGGGCACCCAGGUCGACAAGGUCGAGGAGCUGGCUCCCGAGACGACCUUUAUCCGGCUCGUGGACGAUGGCCAAACUCACAGCAAGGGCGACGGCCGAGAUGCAACGACCCCGUCGCCCCCAUCUCCGUCCGGCGCUGAGAAUGCUCCCAUCAUUUUGCAGUGCGAGUGGAACCCCAGAAACCCAUCCAUUCUGGCGGCUGCUGGAACGGAUGCGCUAGCCCGUGUUUGGACGGUCGCGCGUGCCGGCCCCGUUGAGGCGGGGCAGGAUCACGUGUCACCCCAAGGCCACACCCUGCUGGACCGUGACGUUCCCCGCGAUACGACAGUAACCGCCCUGUCGUGGACUUCAGAUGGUGCUGCCAUUGCGGUUGCCACAGACUCUAGGAAUCAAGCGUCGAUCAACGUAUGGUCGGCCGAGGGCGCCUUGCUACAGUCGAUAGAGCUAUCGGAGCCGCCCAUUAUCAAGCUUUCAUGGAACCCCAGCAACACAGCGCUCCUCGCCAUCUCACCGGACAAGGGAGGCGCUCUUGUGACGGUGCACUACCCACCCGCAGGAAACUCGCUCUCAUAUUUCCUCUCUGGUCACGAUAUUGAGGCUACUCCCCUCGAUGCGGUCUGGACGGGUGAUCACGAAUUUUUGCUUUGCGGUGGCGACCUGAUGGUAUGCCUACACUGCACCGACACGACAAUAGCUCAGGCGAGGAAAUUCGAGACCAAGGAGGAUGAUAGCUUCAGGCAGGUGCUCUUUGAUGCACGAUCAAGACUGGCAGCUACAUCGAGUGAUAAGGGCACACUAGAUCUCUGGGACGAGAAGGGACAGAGGAGGUCAAUAUCUGCACACCAAGGAGCCAUUACUUCGAUGCAAUGGCAACCACUUCCUGCAAACCAGCCAGGUGCUGACGACGAGCGGCUGAUUGCGACUGGAGGCGACGACUGUGCGAUACUGAUUUGGAACGCGCGAAUGCCUGAAAGCAAGGCCAAGUGCUUCUUGACGAUGGAUUCACCGAUUGUGCGGCUUGCAUUUACGCCUGACGGAGCGUUUAUUGCGGGGGCGACAUCGACACAGGUAUUGAUUUGGAAAGUGGGAAGUCACCUUGUUCCCCGAGCGAGCUGGAGCAGACCGGUUCACUCAGGUUGGCUCAGCCCCAAGGCCAAUGCCGAGACAGAUGAGGAGGAUGAGCACUGUCUUUGUUGGGACGCUGACGGACAAAAGCUGGCUUACGGCUCUAAUAGCAGGCUCGCCAUUAUCAACUUUCGCAGAUAG